AUGACCCUGGAGUUAAAGUGACUGGAAGGAAAAAAUUGCUCUUCUGUGAAUGAAUUCCUUCUCUUGGGAAUUAGCAAUGACCCUGGAGUUAAAGUGACUCUAUUUAUCACAUUUCUAAUUGUCUAUCUCAUCAUUCUUGUUGCAAACCUCGGGAUGAUCAUUUUAAUUAGAACGGAUUCCCACCUUCACACACCCAUCAUUGCCAAAAACAAGUCAAUUCCCUUCUAUGGCUGUGCUCUGCAAUGGUUGGUGUGCUGUUCCUUUGUAGAUUCUGAGUGUCUACUGCUGGCCAUGAUGGCCUUUGAUCGGUACAAGGCCAUCAGCAACCCCUUGCUCUACACAGCCAACAUGUCUACCAGAGUGUGCUCCUCGCUCAUGGCUGGGGUUUACCUGGUGGGAAUUGUGGAUGCUUCAGUAAACACGGUACUAACAUUCCGGUUAUGUUUCUGUGGAUCGAAUGAGAUUAACCAUUUCUUCUGCGAUGUCCUACCUCUCCUCUUGUUGUCUUGCUCAGAUACACAGGUUAAUGAGUUAGUGAUAUUCACCAUUUUUGGCUUCAUUGAAUUGAUUGCUCUUUUAGUUCUUUUUGUGUCUUACUGCUAUAUCAUCCUAGCAGUGAUAAAGAUCCACUCUGCUGAGGGGAGGUUCAAAGUUUUCUCCACCUGCACCUCCCACUUAACCGCUGUUGCAAUUUUCCAGGGGACUCUUCUCUUCAUGUAUUUCCGGCCGAGUUCUUCCUACUCUCUUGAUCAAGACAAAAUUAUUUCAUUAUUUUACACCCUUGUGAUUCCCAUGCUAAACCCUCUGAUUUAUAGCCUACGGAACAAGGAUGUGAAAGAGGCCCUGAAAAAACUUAAAAAUAAAAAGUGGUUUCAUUGA